AUGUACGAUGAGAACAGUAACGCGGCCGCUGCAGCAGCAUCGGCAGCGCUCGGUACCAGUUCAACGUCAACAGCAGGUCUGAUGUCACAGUUGUUGAAUGUCAAGGAUUCCAGAUGGUUGCAACUUGAGGUGUGUCGCGAAUUUCAACGUGGUCAGUGUUCACGAUCUGAACUCGAAUGCAAAUUCGCGCACCCGCCACCACACGUCGAUGUACAGAAUGGUCGUGUCACAGCGUGUUAUGAUUCCAUAAAGGGUCGUUGUACACGUGAGAAUCCGAAAUGCAAGUAUUUGCAUCCACCGCAACAUUUGAAAGAUCAACUUUUGAUAAACGGCCGAAAUAAUCUGGCGUUAAAGAAUUUAAUCUGUACACAGCUAAAUCAGAACGCAGCCGUGGCGGUAGCCACCCAGCCGUCGUUAUCGAGCAUGAAUCCGUUAACUCAGUUAGUGGUGAGUGGUCAAGCAAGUCCAGCGCUAGCCGAUCCCAUCCUGCUCUUCCAACAACAGCAACAACAACAGCAACAAGCCAACGCACCACAAACCGCAACACUCAUCCCAACCACCGCAAUUCCCUAUCAGUAUUACCAAGGUCUUACCACAAUGUAUCCGACUGUAUUACAGCUUCCUGCGAAUUCCGAUGCUGCUGCAGCUGCAUAUCAAGCGCAAAUGCAAGCAGCACAAUUGGCUGCCCUUCAAAGUCUAGCGAUGAUGCAGCAGACGAGCACUUCGAGCAGCAACGCCAUCUAUACAACACCUCAUCCCAGCAUUCAGCAGCAAACCAACGCUGCCAUUCCAAAUACACUUACCAAUACAGUUACCAAUACAAACCGUAAACGAGCGUUUGAUGAUGAAAAUACACAUCAACCACCACAACACCAUCAUCCUCAGCCUUCUAUCGAUCACAGUCCUUUACUGCUAGCUGCUGCUGCUGCUGCGGCCGGUGCAGUCCCGUGCAAACGACCCGCAGUGGACAAGAGUGGUAUUCCGGUCUAUGCAAAUGGCGCUGCUCCAGGCACGGCCCAGCCGAACGCCCAACUCGCGCAAUUACCACCCGCUACGUUCAAUCCAUAUCUGAUACCAAACCUUCAUGGCUAUAUGCCGACUGUUUCAUUUAGUGGCCAGAUUCCACCGCGUUUCUAA